AUGCCCGCCACGGACGCUCUCCAGCCCCCACUUACCCCAGCCGAACGGGCCAUCGUCAAGAGCUACGGUGGCUGGACCCAAUUCAUGAUCAGUUUCGGAUUGAAGCCGUACGAGCUUGACGAUAUCGAUGAAGCGAAGUCUAUUGUUGCGUCCCUUGCUGCCGAUCAUUAA